GUCACUCAGACACCAGGAGCUGCCGCGACAGCUGGGCGGGUGGCGUGGGACAUCGCGCCGUGACCUGUGCCGUGUCCUUCGCCUCGACACCGGACCCCAUGGCGACGCCUUCGCAGAAGAGGAGCACCCGCAGCGGGGCUUCGGGGACCCCCUUGUCCCCUACCCGCAUCACCCGCCUGCAGGAGAAGGAGGACCUGCAGGAGCUCAAUGACCGCUUGGCCGUCUACAUCGACAAGGUGCGCUCGCUGGAGCUGGAGAACGCCGGCCUGAGGCUCCGCAUCACCGAGUCCGAGGAGGUGGUGAGCCGAGAGGUCUCGGGCAUCAAGGCUGCCUACGAGUCAGAGCUGGCAGAUGCCCGCAAGACCUUGGAUUCGGUGGCCAAGGAGAGAGCUCGGCUGCAGCUGGAGCUCAGCAAAGUCCGGGAGGAGCACAAGGAGCUGAAAGCCCGGAAUGCCAAGAAGGAAGGGGACCUGCUCACUGCCCAGGCGCGCCUCAAGGAUGUGGAGGCUUUGCUUAAUUCCAAGGAAGCCGCGCUCUCCACAGCCCUGGGUGAGAAGAGGAAUCUGGAGACUGAAGUGCGUGAUCUGAGGGGACAGGUGGCCAAGCUGGAAAGUGCCUUGAACGAAGCCAAGAAGCAGCUGCAGGACGAGAUGCUGCGCCGCGUGGACGCCGAGAACCGGCUGCAGACGCUGAAGGAAGAGCUUGAAUUCCAGAAAAAUAUCUACAGCGAGGAGCUGCGGGAGACCAAGCGCCGCCACGAGACCCGGCUGGUGGAGAUCGACAAUGGGCGGCAGCGGGAGUUUGAGAGCAAGCUGUCCGAGGCCCUGCAGGAGCUGCGGAGCCAGCACGAAGCCCAGAUCAGGCUUUACAAGGAGGAACUGGAGAAGACCUAUGGGGCGAAGCUGGAGAACGCCAAGCAGUCGGCUGAGAGGAACAGCAACAUGGUGGGUGCUGCCCAUGAGGAGCUGCAGCAGACCCGCAUCCGCAUCGACAACCUCUCCUCAGAAGUGAGCCAGCUGCAGAAGCAGUUGGCCGCCAAGGAAGCGAAGCUACAUGAUUUGGAGGAUAUUCUGGCCAGGGAACGUGAGACCAACCGGCGCCUGCUCUCCGAGAAGGAGCGAGAGAUGGCCGAGAUGCGGGCACGCAUGCAGCAGCAGCUGGAUGAGUACCAGGAGCUGCUGGACAUCAAGCUGGCUCUAGAUAUGGAGAUCAACGCCUACCGCAAGCUGCUGGAGGGCGAGGAGGAGCGGCUGAGGCUGUCCCCCAGCCCUUCCUCCCACAAAGGUGCAUCCCGAAGCCACUUGUCCACCCCAGGCUCCUCCAAGAAGCGGAAGUUGGAGGAUGGUGAGAGCCGGACCAGCUUCUCCCACCAUGCCCGGACCAGCGGCCGUGUCGGAGUGGAGGAGGUGGACUUGGAGGGCAAGUUUGUCCGUCUCAGGAACAAGUCCAACGAGGACCAGGCAAUGGGGAACUGGCAGAUCAAGCGGCAGAAUGGGGACGAUCCCCCCAUCACCUACCGCUUCCCCCCGAAGUUCACCCUGAAGGCUGGCCAGGUGGUCACGAUCUGGGCCUCAGGAGCUGGAGCGACCCACAGUCCCCCCAGCAACGUGGUGUGGAAAGCCCAGAGCAGCUGGGGCUCUGGGGACAGCCUGCGCACCGCCCUCAUCAACUCCAACGGGGAGGAGGUAGCCAUGCGGAAACUGGUCCGCACUGUGAUCAUCAACGAUGAUGAGGAUGAGGACGAUGAUGAAAUGAGCAUCCACCACCGCCAUCACCACGGGAGCUGCAGCGGCUCUGGGGACCCCGGUGAAUACAACCUGCGCUCCCGCACGAUCGUGUGCGGCACGUGUGGUCAGCCCGCCGACAAGUCGGGCACCCAGAACGCCGGCAUCAACACCAUGUCCUCGGGCUCCUCCACCUCCAGCGUGACUGUCACCCGCAGCUACCGCAGCAUGGGCGACUCUGGCAUUGGCCUCGGGGACAGCCUGGUGACCAGGAACUACCUCCUGGGGAACUCCAGUCCCCGCAGGCAGGCUCAGGCUGUGCAGAACUGCAGCAUCAUGUAACCCUGUGGCGCAUUCCUGUGGUUCCUGCCCGUCUCCAGCUAGGUGUUUUUUUUUUUUCCCC